UACAAGCCUUUGCUACUCUCAGAAAAACUUGCACCAAAUCCAUAAUGAAGAGAGAGACCAAAGCAAAAAAAUUGAAUUUUUAAGAAUUUUUAUUUGAAUUUUUUUCACAAGAAAAUCUUAGAUUCUAAUUCCGCGUAGGAAAAAAAAAAAAACCAAAAGAACCAUUUUUACGCCCCCAAAAUUCCUCCUUUUACUUAUCCUCAUUCCAAAACUUGCUCCUUUUUGUUGCUUUUUUGGUUCUUCUCUUUUUUGAUUCUUUUAGCUAUUUCUUGGAAAAAGGAAAUUUCUUUUUUUUUUUUUGAGAUUAAAAGGAGGAGAUACCCAAAAAGAGGCCUUUUUUUUUUCUUUUUUUUUGUUCCUGGUUUCAUGUUGAAGAAGAUGAAGAGACUCAAGCUUCAAAUGGUUUGCUUUGUGUUGUGGGUCUCUUUGUUGUGUCAUAAAAUUGAGCUCUGUGUUUCUCUCAAUGAUGAAGGAAGGGCUCUUUUGAGGCUUAAAGAGAUGAUAGAAGAUGACCCAUUUGGUGCUCUAUUGAAUUGGAACAAAAAUGAUAUUGAUGCUUGCUCUUGGUUUGGAGUGGAGUGCUCUCAUGAUAGGAGAAUUGUUGCUCUGAAUUUGAAAGAUCUUGGUCUUAAGGGCAUGCUCGCGCCCGAGCUUGGGAAGCUGCUUCACCUGAGAACUCUCAACCUACACAACAAUUCCUUUUAUGGAGUCGUUCCGAGAGAGCUCGGAGACUUGCAGAAGCUCGAGGUGUUGGAUUUGGGGCAUAAUAAUCUCACUGGAACAAUUCCAUCAGAGAUCGGAAACAUAUUAUCCCUAGAAUUCCUGAUACUUACAGGCAACAGAUUUUCCGGUGAAAUGUCGCCUGAAUUGCGUGAGCUCAAUCUGCUCUCCGAGAUUCAAGCUGACGAAGGCCUCGUGCUGUUGAGCAAGGAAUUAGCUAUUAGGAAUAUCAAGAAUGCCACAAUAAGGAGAAUCCUCCUUGCUAUCGGCGAUAACCUUUCUCAUAAAAUUGGAAUGCGCGGUUUCGAAACAUUUUCGAAACCAACGAUGCGUCUAACAACGGAAAAUGCAGACAUUUCAACAUUCCCAAGGAGGGAUUCACAUGCAGAAGCAUCUCCUACUGUGCCGUCAGUGAAUACUUUUUCUCCUUCACAUUCACCCUUGAGUGAACCUCCUUCGCCAGCCUCACCUCCGGAAACUUCUCCACAUUCGCAAUCAAAUGAUUCUCCAGUGUCAUCCUCACGUUCACGUUCUCCACAACAACCACCCUCAGACGUAAAUCAUCGUCCACCGCCGCCUCCCUCAAAUGUAUUUCCCCCUCCUCCGCCAUUGCCACCGUCAGACAUAUCUGCCACACAUCAGAGAAAGCAUGCAGUUUAUUGGAUAGUCUUAGCAUCACUCGGAGGAGCACUUUGUUUAACGGGUGCCUUAUCGGCCAUGUACUUGCUUUGCCGCCGAAAGCACAGGGUUGGGACCGUCACGCCAUGGGCUACGGGAUUGAGCGGGCAACUCCAGAAAGCUUUUGUGACCGGUGUACCUUCGCUCAGGCGAGCAGAACUUGAAGCAGCUUGUGAAGAUUUUAGCAAUGUCAUCGGUAAUUUAUCGGACCACAAGUUGUACAAAGGAACUCUGUCGAGCGGGACGGAAAUAGCAGUUACAUCUACUUUGGCUGAGUCUGCCGCGGAGUGGUCACAACAAUCUGAGGCCCAGUUCAGGAAGAAGAUAUCUGUUUUGUCGACAGUAAACCACAAGAAUUUUAUGAACCUUCUUGGGUACUGCGAGGAAGAUGAGCCAUUCACCAGGAUGGUGGUGUUUGAGUAUGCUUCAAAUGGAACACUUUUCGAGCAUCUGCACAUCAAAGAAGCAGAGCCUUUGGAUUGGCACGCUCGCCUUAGAAUCGCCAUGGGAGUAAUCUACUGCCUAGAGUACAUGCACCAGCUCAACCCACCUGUCAAUCUCCGAAACUUAAACUCGUCGUCAAUCUACUUAACCGAAGAUUGUGCUGCAAAGGUCUCCGAUCUCGGGUUCUGGAUCGACGAAAAGAAAGAAGCAGGACCGGAUGAUGAUGGCUCCGAUGAAGAGAGUGCAGUAUACAAGUUCGCAAUCCUACUGCUUGAGAUGAUCUCAGGCCGGCUUCCGUUCUCAGAGGACGACGGCCUGCUUGUGCUCUGGGCCUUGAGUUACCUAAAUGGAAAGCGGCCACUUAUGACUAUGGUCGAUCCGACGCUCAAUUCAGUUCCCGAGGAGCAUAUAUCUAGAUUGUGUGAGGUGGUGCGAUCGUGUAUAAAACCGGAGAGCGAGGGGAGACCGACGGUAGCAGAGGUGGCCCGACAAAUGAGACAGAUCACAGGAAUAGCACCGGCGGGAGCGGUUCCCAGUUUAAAUGCGGCAUGGUGGGCGGAGCUUGAAAUCAUUUCUUCAGGGGGGUAAUUGCAGGUGAAAUUCAUAGAUGUUUGUUGAUCCUUCACUUUCCUUUUUAGUUUGUUUUCUCCCUUAAUAAUUUUGUGGUAAAUUAUGGUCACUACUGUGUUUCUGGCCUUGUUAAGCAUUAAGAGUUUUAAGAGAAAGACAUUUGUACAGGUUGUCCUGCUUUAUGUGGGAGUAGUUUAAGUAAGAGAAAUAUACUUGGAGAAAUAACUCAGAAUACACAUUAUGUCUUGUAUGAAUUUAUGUAAAAGCAUGAUGUGUUAUGUAACCAAUCAGAGUAUAACCUGGAGCAUAAAUGCAAUUAGUGUGUUAAACAAA